AGAAACCAAAUCUCGAUUAGAAAAAGAAAAAACUCAAAAGUUAGAGGCUACAGAAAUUGAUUUUAGCUCUAACAACUCGUAUAGAAAUGAUAUAGAAGAAGAAAAAACACAAAAACCAGAGUAUACAGAAAAUAACUUCAGUUCAGAUAACCCAUACAAGAAUGAUAUAGAAGUAGUAAUCUAG